GCGGCUUCGUCCCUUCGCUCUUCCCCUUUUUUCCCCCCCUCCCACCCUCCCCCUUUUUAUUAUUAUUAUUUUUUCCCAAACCCCCUCCCCGCUAUUUUUUAUUUUUAUCUCGCCCCCUUCCCUUCCUCGGUAACGUGGGCGUGGCCUAAGAAGGCGCCUGUGCUUCCGUCCGUUCGCUGGUUGCCAUGGCGAUGGCGGGCUCCGGGCCUAGUGCGCCUCCUCAGCCUCAUCCUCCUCCUCUUCUCAACGCCGCUCUUCCUCCUUCAUCUUCUUCUUCCUCCUCCGCGCAACCCGCGGGCGAGACGAAGGUGAUCUACCACCUGGAUGAAGAGGAGACGCCUUACCUGGUCAAGAUCCCGGUCCCGGCCGAGCGCCUCACUUUAGGCCACGUCAAGGCCGCCUUGGCCAGGCCUGGCGCCAAGUACUUCUUCAAGAGCAUGGACCAGGAUUUCGGUGUUGUGAAGGAAGAAAUCUCAGACGACAACGCAAAGCUUCCUUGUUUCAAUGGCAGAGUCGUUUCCUGGCUUGUCUCCUCAGAAACCCCGCAGCCAGAGCCUCCCCCUCCUCCCCCUCCUGUUGAGGUGCGCCCAGAGCCUUCGCCCCCACCGCCCCCACUUCCGCCCUUACCUGUGGAGCGGACAAGUGGCAUCGGGGACUCCCGCCCCCCUUCUUUCCACCCAAAUGUGUCAGGCAGCCACGAGAACUUGGACCAUGAAACAGAGACCGAAUCAGUAGUUUCGCUGAGACGGGAGCGGCCUCGGCGCAGGGAGAGUAUGGAGCACGGAGGGGGACACCGGCUGAACGGUCAGUCCCGCUUGGAGAGGCACCUGGCUGGCUAUGAGAGCUCCUCCACUCUGCUCACCAGUGAACUAGAGACCACCAGCCUCUGCGACUCAGAUGAUGACGAUACUAUGAGCAGAUUCAGCAGCUCCACAGAGCAGAGCAGCGCCUCCCGCCUCCUCAAGCGCCACCGCAGGCGACGGAAGCAGCGCCCCCCACGUCUGGAGCGGACUUCCUCCUUCAGCAGCGUUACAGACUCCACCAUGUCCCUCAACAUCAUUACAGUUACAUUGAACAUGGAAAAGUACAACUUCCUGGGCAUCUCCAUUGUGGGGCAAAGCAACGAGCGAGGGGACGGCGGCAUCUACAUUGGCUCCAUCAUGAAAGGGGGUGCGGUUGCUGCCGAUGGCAGAAUCGAGCCCGGAGACAUGCUGCUUCAGGUCAAUGACAUUAAUUUUGAGAACAUGAGCAACGAUGACGCUGUGAGGGUUUUGAGGGAGAUUGUUCACAAACCGGGCCCAAUUGUGUUGACAGUGGCCAAGUGCUGGGAUCCCUCCCCACAAGGGUAUUUCACCCUGCCAAGAAAUGAGCCGAUCCAGCCCAUCGACCCUGCGGCCUGGGUCUCACACUCGGCCGCCCUGACCGGGGCCUUUGCUGCCUACCCUGGGAGCAGCUCCAUGAGCACCAUCACUUCGGGGACUUCCGUCACAGAGACAGAGCGCUUUGAUGACUUCAACCUCUCCAUCCACACAGACAUGGCUUCUGUCACCAAGGCAAUGGCCUCUCCGGAGUCUGGCCUGGAGGUUCGGGACCGCAUGUGGCUCAAGAUCACCAUCCCCAAUGCCUUCCUAGGCUCUGAUGUGGUGGACUGGCUCUACCAUCAUGUGGAGGGAUUCCAGGAUCGCCGAGAGGCCCGCAAAUACGCCAGCAACCUCCUGAAGGCCGGCUUCAUCCGGCACACAGUCAACAAGAUUACCUUCUCCGAGCAGUGCUACUAUAUCUUUGGAGACUUCAGCGGCUGCGAGAACUACAUGGCCAACCUCUCGCUGAACGACAAUGACGGCUCCAGCGGGGCUUCUGACCAGGACACCCUAGCGCCUUUGCCCCUUCCUGGAGCUACCCCUUGGCCUCUGAUGCCCACCUUCUCCUAUCAGUACCCGGCACCACAUCCGUACAGCACCCAGCCCCCUCCCUAUCACGAGCUCUCCUCCUACAGCUACGGCAUGGGGAGCGCCGGCAGUCAGCACAGCGAAGGCAGCCGGAGCAGUGGGUCGAACCGCAGCGAUGGGGGCGGUGGCGGCAGCGGAGGGGGCCGUGGGCCUGGCAAGCAGAAGGAGGAGAAGGCCGGGGCGGACUCCAAGUCGGGCAGCGGGAGCGAGUCGGAGUAUUCUGCCCGCAGCAGCAGCCAGCGCGGCAUAGGGGUCCCGGCGAUGGGGCCGGGUGGGGAGGGGGCCUCCCAGCGGAGCCAGCACAGCCUGGGAGGCGGCGGCAGCAUCCGCUCCCACCAUUCCCUGCACGCGGCCUACGCGGCCCCGGGAGGCAUGCCCCUGGCCUACAACCCCAUGGUGGUGAUGAUGGUGCCGCCCCCCGCCCCUCCUGCCACGGCCGCUGCCUCUGCCGCCAUUCAGCCCCCGGGGGCCCCUCCGGUGCGCGACCUGGGCUCCGUGCCCCCCGAGCUCACGGCCAGCCGCCAGUCCUUCCACAUGGCCAUGGGCAACCCCAGCGAGUUCUUUGUGGAUGUCAUGUGAUCCGAGAGCCCCCCCUCUUUCCCUCCCGCUCACCGCAGUGGCCUCCUUUCCGCACAGCCUUCCGAGAACCGCCUGACCUCCCGCACUUUGCUGCCUCCGUCCACAAAAGGAGUGAGAUGGACCAAAAAACCCUUGCUUCCAGUGUUCACACACGGUAACCGCAUCCAACGUGCCUGACCCCCUUCCUUAGUUCCCCUGGCAGUCCUGAUUCAGAAAAAAAAAGCAAUACGGUUUCGGUUUAUGAUCCGUCCUUGCCUUCACCAAAUUGAGCCCCUUCUUGCUGGACUGCGACUCUUACGUUUCUCCCAACUCAGCGAAGGCUGUGAUUGUUGGACCCUUGCUGUCCCGUGACUUGCCUUAGGACUCAAAUGCCACACGAUAAUCUUGCCGGCAUUCUAACCUGCUGGCAGUCCUAAUUCAGAAAAAAAGCAGUAUUGCUUCCAUUUAUGACCCAUCAUUGUUUUCAUCAACCUGGGACCUUUCCGAUUUGCUUGAGUAUUUGAGUAUUUGGUUUCCCCAAUUUGGCAAAGAUUGGAUUCUUUCAAUCCCUUACCAUCUUGUGACCUUUACAACCUUGUGAUUUGCCUUAGGACUUGAAUGGCAGAUGAUAAUCUUGCCAGUGCUAUAUCAUUCACCAGCAGAGCUGCUGGUCUUUGUGCAGCAGUGACUUCCGAUCUGAAAUUUUUGUGCCAGAUCCCCUUUCCAUCCAUCCAUCAUGUUCGCCUUGCGGUGUCCGUCUCUUGAGUUUCCUUCACCUCCUUUUUUUUUUAAUGCCGUGGCUCCUUUUUUUGGCCACCUUUUUUUUAAUCACCCGACUCAGGUCUCUAGGAUCACGCGACCUCUGCCUUCCCUGUUACAUAGAUGCCUUGACUUUUAGGACGACCACAAUGUAGCCGGUCAUCCGACCUCUUUUCGAAUGUCUCCGUCUUCUUGUCAAGAGGAUUCCUGCGCCAAAAUCAUGUCGAAGCCGGCGUGACUUUUGUAUAUCCACGACCAGGUAUUUCUUAAGGUACAAAGGGUCCCUUUUGUGGAAAUUUAGGGACGAGGGGGCCCUUGCCGGCCUCAUGAGACCCUCACCUCUCAGACCUUUCCUCUUGUCUUUGGAAAGGCUGCUUUUACAACGGUACUCAUCGCCCAAACCGGUGUCAAUGAAGUGAUAGUUUUUGUGGGGUUCUUUCUUUUUUUUGUUCAAUUUUUAGAAGGUUUUUAAAAUUUCUAGUUCUUUUUAUAAACUUCCUUUUUUGUUUGUGUGUGUGUAUAUAUAUAUAUUAAAAGAAAGGAGCCCUGCUGUCCCAACUUCUAGAUCUCAUCGGAAACACUACACAUCCCAUUUAACCAAUGUGAGAUGAGAUUAUGUGGGUGAAGCAGCUUUGUUUCUGCCAACACUACGACUCUUUGCAGUUUGAAGCCUUUGCAGCCACAGUUUUGUCAUUCCAAGGCAUUGUGCUGCUUUCCUUGUUGUGUAUCUCGUCCCGUAAACACUAAAGUCCUUUUUUUCUUUGCAGCUUGAUCCCGGUUCAGUUCAACUGUUGAAUCUUUUACAAGGUAGGAGUUACAUCAGGUCAAAUUCUUAACAUCAGGAUGGAAUUAGGCCAGCUUUCCUCAAUGGGGUGCCUUUUGGAGGGAUUGGACUACAGUCCCCAUUAUCCCACAACCUGUGGGAUAAUGGGAAUUGUAGUCCAGUCCCUCUGAAAGGCACUCCAUUGUGGAAAGGUGGAUUGUGGCAAUGCUCUUGGAAUAGGAAUCAAUGACAUUCCUUUGAGCAACCCUCUCAGAUUGCUUACAGCACUCCUAUCCCCCCUUUUAAAAUAUUAUUUCCAAAUUUAAAAAGGUUCUUUUUGAGGAGUUAAGGAGGAAGUUAUGACCUGAUGGCCCCCAUUUUAUCUAUUGAUGGUGAUGUUUGCUUUAUUACCUUCGCUAUUUGGUUAAAACUGUGUUUUUGUAUUUUGCAUUUUAAUGUGCUUUUAAUUUGUUUACGGUAUCUGAAUGUUACCUUUGAUACUGUUUUAUAUUGGUUUUAUUUGUCAUAUUUUGUUUCUGUUUCGGCUUGGCCCCAUGUUAGCCGCCCCGAGUCCCUUCGGGGAGAUGGUGGCAGCAUAGAAAAAUAAAGUAUUAUUAUUAUUACAGUAGAGUCUCACUUAUCCAACCUCCGCUUAUCCAAUGUUCUGGAUUAUCCAACGCAGUCUGCCUUUUAGUAGUCAAUGUUUUUGUAGUCAAUGUUGUGAUAUUUUGGCACUAAAUUCGUAAAUACAGUAAUUACUACGUAGCAUUACUGCAUAUUGAACUACUUUUUCUGUCAAAUUUGUUGUUAAACAUGAUGUUUUGGAGCUUAAUUUGUAAAAUCAUAACCUAAUUUGACAUUUAAUAGGCUUUUCCUUAAUCCUUCCUUAUUAUCCAACAUAUUCGCUUAUCCAACGUUCUUCUGGCCCGUUUAUGUUGGAUAAGCGAGACUCUACUGUAUUAUUAUUAAGACAAGGAAUACUGAAUCACAUAGCACCCCGAAACAUGGAAAUGAUAUAUAUAGGGGAACCUUAAUGCCUGAAUAUUUCUCUUUUAUCAGAAAUAUAGCCCUAUAGUUAUCUUUGAUCUCGUGAUGUGUCAUAAGAAAAAAAAAAUCCUGAUCCAUUGAGAAUAAUUCGAGAAAGAACAAUUGUGGGUUGUUUUAUGUUUUCCGGGCUGUAUGGCGAUGUUCCAGAAGCAUUCUCUCCUGACUUUUCACCCACAUCUAUGGCAGGCAUCCUCAGAGGUUGUGAGGUCUGUUCGUAAACUAGGCAAGUGGGGUUUAUAUAUCUAUAGAAAGAACCCUUGUCUGUUGGAGGCCAGUGUGAAUGUUGUAAUUAAUCACCUUUGUUAGCAUUAAAUGGCCUUCCCAGCCUCACAUCUUGGCCUGGGGAAUCCUUUGUUCAGACUUGUUAGCUGCCCCUGAUUGACUCCUGUCUGGAAUUCUUCUGUUUUCAGAGUGCUCUACCAGUAUUAAAAAACUCCAAAAUCAGAACAGUAAAUAAGGAGCAACACUCUGAAAACAGAAGAAUAACGUUACUUUCCAAGCUAAUAUCACUCCUUUUUAAAAAGUUAGUGUUUUCAUAAUGGGAAUAUAGCAAAGGUAGAUUUCCAAAGUCAGAGCAAAGUUCCUUUUUGAGUGUGUAACUAGUAACUCACAGUGUUAAAAGAAGUUCUUGAAUGGCAUCUUGAGAGGUGUUUGAGUGCAUCUUCUCCACAGUAGAUUCAAUAUUAUAUGUGUCUGCACUAGGCAUGGGCAAGCUUGGGCCCUCCAGGUGUUUUGGACUGCAACUCCCAGCAUUCCUAACAGCCUCAGGCUCUUUCCUUUUGCCCCUCAGCCGCUUAAGCGGCUGAGGGGCAAAAGGAAAGGGCCUGAGGCUGUUAGGAAUGCUGGGAGUUGCAGUCCAAAACAUCUGGAGGGCCCAAAUUGAGACCCAAAGCACCUAAUAUCCAUCCUGAUGUUUAGCGCUACAGAGACUUUUCCUCCUCUCCGGUUUCUUUUUGGGAUGAGGUACAGUGGGGUACAAUGCGUCCCCCCCGUUUUGCAGCCUUAUAUAGAUAUAUAUUCCAAAGGUACGAAGUUUGUUUUCCUUCUUUCCUUCCAUGGUGCUACAAUUCUCCCCCCCCCCCCUUUUCCAAAAAAAGUAUUUAGUCCUCCCCUCUUCUCCGGAGGAGGGGUUUGCGUUGUGCACGCACGCGUGUUUGUGUGAUCCGUAGCAGAAAACUAUUUUGUAAUAACAUAUUUAUUUUUUAGCUCCUUUUUUUGUGUACAAAAAAAAGCAUCCAAUUCAAAUAAUAAUAAUAAUAAAAAUCCUGAUAAACUUCCACAA